UGGAUGGAGAUGCCACAUGGAAAGGUUCCUGGUGAGCGUCCUUAUGUUAUAUACAUAUAUAGAGAGAGAGAGAGAUAAACAUCAACCUAACCUUCCUUUCACGAGAGAGAGAGAGAGAGAGAGAGAUUUGAGUGUAGCUUCCUCCUUCCGGUCAUGGCCAGUGAUCCAUCUCGUUCCAGUAGCUCCCAACCAUCACAUGCUUCAGAAGAGAGGGCAGAGGAUCAGGCUCCAAAACUUCUACAACAAUAUAAUGACCUCAUCUCUACCCUUCCACUAGAGGAAGGCUGGCAGCCAGUCUCUCUUCGAAAAUACAAAGGCGUCUGGUUGCCUGGUCAUGAGAUCUUUCUCCGGGGAAUCUUCGCCAUCCAAAGCCACUUCAAGUCUCGUCCCACUGACAUCCUCCUGGCCACCUUGCCCAAGUCCGGCACCACCUGGCUCAAAGCGCUCAUUUUCGCCACCAUGACUCGAAGCCAGUACUCCUUUGCUGACCACCCUCUCCUCAGCCUCAACCCCCACAACUGCGUCCACUCCUUGGAGGAGCUCUGGGCCAUCGGCCAACCUUCCAAGAUCGAAGCCCUUCCUUCACCUCGGCUCCUUAACACCCACAUGCCCUACUCUGUGCUACCGGACGCGAUCAGAGCCUCCGACUGCCGAAUUAUAUAUGUUUGCCGGGACCCCAAAGACAGGGUGGUCUCUGCGUGGCAAUUCACCUCGUCGUGGCAUCGCAGCAAGAAGGCGACGGGGGAGAUGAUGCCGACGACUGAAGCCCUUUCGCUCGCCACGGCGGUCGAAAUGGUUUGCCAAGGGAACUCUCCCUUUGGCCCGGACUGGGACCAUGUUCUGGAGUACUGGAGGGAGAGCUUGAGGCAGCCUGAGAAUGUGCUGUUCUUGAAGUACGAGGAGGUGAUGGAGGAGUCGGUGGCGAACGCGAAAAGGUUGGCCGAGUUUAUGGGAUGUCCCUUCUCCUUAGAGGAGGAGAAGGAAGGGGUGGUGGAGAAGAUUAUAACGCUGUGCAGCUUUGAUAAGCUCAGCAAACUAGAGGUGAACCAGAAUGGUGACCAAGCCUCGGUCUUCAGGGUACCAAACUCUUGUUACUUUAGGAAGGGGAAGGUGGGGGAUUGGAGGAACCAUUUGAGCCCGGAGAUGGCCCGGAGAUUGGAUGGGAUCAUGGACGAAAAGCUUCGGGGAUCCGGUCCGACUCUCGGUGGUGUCCGCCUCCAAGCCCCCAACACCACCACCAUAUGAGAAAAGGAAGAUUGUUGAUGGUGCACACGAAGAACUGUUUUUGCUGGAAACCUGUUUAAAUGUCAUGUAGUGCUGGAAGCUCUGUUUGGAUGGAGACUAAGCUGAUGGUUAUUAAUAUGAGGUUGGUCAUGUUUCUGCUUGGGUUCUUUACAUCAGCUGUGUUCUUAUUUCAUUUUCUUAACGAAAUAUGAGGUGGGUUUCCACCGAUUGCUCAAAAAAUUACGGAGUGAUUCUUUUGUUGCUGCUUAGACUUGAUGCCUUUUGAUUUCCAGUUUGGACUCCAGUGUUUUGGAGGCCUCUAGUUUGGUGAAGCCACCUGAAACUGAAGAGGAACCUAUAUAUCCUGCCAUAUUAUUUGAAAGUUCUCUUAGUUUUUUA